GGUCAGAAAAAUAUAAAUGAAAUACGCAUUUGAGGAUCGAUGCAAAGUUAUUGUCAAGCUGACAAUAUACCAGACAAAGAGAUAUACUCAAUUAGUGUCAAGCGGUCACAUUGGGUGAUUCCCGCGAAACUUGGCAGCCGGGCCUUCUGUGCGCUCCUGUAUUGCGCGUAACACAGCUGCUAAAGGCAUGAGAUCAACUGAAAAUCCAAUGGUAUUCCCCGGUGCAUAGUGGGGGUUGUUGUAGAUCCAUAUUGGGGGGAACGGAAUUGUUACCUUUCAUUCACUCUUCAAUUGACCAGUGUGCUACCAUCGACCGGAAGGAAGGUAGUAGAAACAGGAAAAGAUGCCUGAAAGAAUUAAAAUAGAUGAACCUCUGUGGGAUCAGAGCUCCUUCAUUGGUCGCUUCAAGCACUUCUUCUGGGUGACUGACCCCUUGACAUGUAUGGUCAAGGAUGAAGAACUGGACAAGGCCAAGAUUCUGGUGGAACAGUACAGGCUAGGGAAGGAGCCCAAGGGAACCACUAAUGAGCAGGUCAUCUAUGCCAAGAAGUUGUAUGAGAGUGCCUUCCAUCCGGACAGUGGGGAGAGGCAAAAUGUCUUUGGAAGGAUGUCCUUCCAGGUCCCUGGUGGAAUGUUACUCACUGGUGCUAUGCUACAAUUUUACAGAACUAGCACAGCAGUUGUAUUUUGGCAAUGGGUGAAUCAGUCUUUCAACGCACUGGUCAAUUUCACAAAUCGCAACGCUAAGUCUGAAGUUUCCACGACGCAACUGGGAAUAGCUUACGUUUCAGCAACGGCCUCUGCGAUGAUCACAGCUUUGGGAUACAAAGCCUACCUGCAGAAAACUGCAGGUCCUUUCAUGCAGAGGUAUGUCCCAUUCGCCGCCGUUGCCGCUGCGAACUGUGUAAAUAUUCCAUUGAUGCGUCAAGCUGAAUGGAUGAGUGGCAUUGAUGUUGUCGACGACAAAAACAACAUUGUAGGCCAAUCGAAAUUGGCUGCUGGCAAAGGCAUAACUCAGGUGAUCAUGUCAAGGAUCACUAUGUGCGCACCAGGCAUGCUGAUCCUCCCUGUGAUCAUGGAAAGGUUGGAGAAGUACGCGUGGAUGAAGAGGAUCACAUAUUUGCAUGCACCUAUGCAAGUUAUGUUCGUCGGUGGAUUCUUAAUAUUCAUGGUACCAGUUGCGUGCGGUCUGUUCCCGCAGAAAUGCUCAUUGAAGACGUCGACGUUGGAGUGGCUUGAACCUGAAGCGUACAAACAGAUGUUGGAGAACACGAACAACAACAUUCCUGAGCGGAUUUACUUCAAUAAGGGAUUGUAAUUGGACUGCAAGCCAUGAUUAGGUGCGAGACGAAUAAGUCCUUCCAAGCGAAGGACCAAAAUAGUAAUCGGUAGGGAAAAUAAUGUAACGGUGGAAUUGCUUUUUAUUUAGACAAUAAUUUGAUUUUUAAAAGAACUAUUUAUUUAUUGUAUUUACAAUAAGGUAAGAAACGGGAAAUAUCGGUAAGCAGGUCGAAACGAUUUUAUACAGUUUUCACUUGUCUUGGUUUAUAUGCACGAUUUCCAAUACGCAAUAGCUCGAACGUUGUUCAAUUGAAUUUAGUAAUAAACGAGAGGAGCAAUAAUGUAAUAUUUUACACUGAAUAACUUCUU